AAGAAUAUUUUCCCUGAGACUAUCAUGUGUUUGGUCAAAUAAUGUUUACAAUUUGAGUUUAUAUCUGCAAUUUAAUAAUUUAUUUUUACCAUGUUACUAAACUCAUGUGUCGGUAGAUUUGUUAAUCUACAAUUAUCGGUUUGCUCAUCUAUUAAAGGAUCAUUGCAGUCUGGAUCUACAAUCAGCUGGGUUCGUAAUUUUCAAACAACUAGCUGUUUGCACAAAGUAGUGGUAGCUCGUCCAAAGAAAACAAAGAGAAGGACCAAUCCCGUAACAUAUGAAGAGAUUCAUCCUCCGCAUUUUAUUGCUGUCCGCAAGGGAUUCAAUUCGUUAAAUACAUCUAAUUUACUGGCAGGAACAAGGUCUGGUGAAACUGCUAUCGAAGAUAUGUUCAUCAGGAAAUUUAUUGAAGGUACAUGGCAUCGUCUUUUACUGGGAAAGCUGAUCAUCAAAAGGAGGGCUAAUUUAAUUAUUCUUUCUGGUUUCUUUCAUCAAUCUUUGGCUCCAUCCAAAUUUUAUUUCCUCCAAGGAUAUACCGAAGAAAUCUUAGCUUAUGUUCUUAAAUGUCCGGUGAAAAUGGAAAUAAUGACGUGCUCUGACCGUAAAGCUCUUGUAGUGACCCACGUAUAAAUAGAUUAUUCAAUGUAAAUUAUUCACAUACACCAAAAAUUGUGUUGACCAGUUAAAUAAAGUAGUAUUGGUUUAAUUAUCUAAGGAAAAA